GGCUUCCUUUUACUCUUUCGUCUGACCUGAAGAACAACCAGAACAAGGCUUCGUCUACCUUUGCGUCGGCGCCAAUCUUGGGGGGAAACAUGGUGGAUCGACGCCGCCGCCGGGAGCGGCAUAACUGGUCCACCUUUGAGCUAAACGCCGCCAUCGCCCUGAUAUGCAAGGGCAAGCACAAGGUGCGGCCCAGCAGCAACAGCGGGUUCGCCUUCGAGCUCAACAAGGCGCUCAACUCGCAGCGGGCCAACUUCCACGAGGGCGACAUGGACGAGGCCGACAUCGAGGACCUGCUGCGGUUCCUGCUGGCCGAGAGCAAGCCGGCCGUCGCCUACGCCGAGCGCGCCGCGCCCGCCUGCAUCACGCGCGCCAAGCGCAUGGCAUUCAAGCGCCGCAUCGACUUUUCGGGCUCCGAGGCCGAGUGGGUCGCCGGCGGUCGGAGGGACGCCGUCAUGGGCCGCCCGCCGGGCCGGGGCCGCCGUCGGGCCGAGCUGCCGUCGCUGCGGGCCAAGGGGGGCGGCGAGGGCGAGGGCGAGGGCGAGGACGGCGGGGACGAGGCUGGGGGGCCUGAUGGGCUUGAGAUGGGCGAGCUAAGAGAGCGUGGCCCCCAAGGACCCAUCAUGCUCAACCUCCCGUCCCUGCGCGAGGCUGUUGGUGAAGUCUACCACACGUCCAACCCCGGCAACUCGCACCUGUGGAACACACAGGGCAGCAACAUCACCCUUCCCCCGCUGAAGGACCAGCCAUGGGCUAGCUACGGUAGUGGAGGUGGGCAGCCUUCCCUCCAGAGGCGUGAGCCCAACCGUGCCACGGAAGCCCUUCCGAGCCUGGCCGCUGCUGUUGCAGGAAAUGCCAAAGACGGCCUUGGCGGCAGAGCACAGCAGGGCCUGACGAGUCGUCUAGGUGACGGCCAUGCAACAGCGGCAGCGGCUGCUGGUGGGACAUAUCCCUCGCCAUACAUGUCGGUGAAUACCGACGACCGAAUCAGCAGCCGUCACAACAGCCGUCACAGCAUGGCCCCAAGCCCUUUGUUCCAAAACAUCGGCGUCGGUGAUGAUGUGUCCGGAGGAGGUAUGGGCGGCAGUAGCAGCGGGCGGCGGGCGACCUGGGGCAACGUCAUGUCGUUGCCCGUGGGACCAGGUGGCUACGGUGAGAAGUCUCGGCCGGGACCGUCGGGGGCGUCCACUCACGGCGCCCAGGCGACACGGUGGACUUCUGAUGCCAUGGGCAACGUGAUGGGCACCACCUCGGCUGCUUCCACUGGUCAUGGGCCCUCUUCGGGCAACGGACAGGGCUUAUGGUCAGGCGAUGGUACCUCCCACGUAGCCAAUGUGGGGGGCCGCCGAGACCAGCCUGAUAGACUCUACGACGCCAGCACAGCAGGAGCACAUGAUCCAGUCGUGCCCGGCAGCAACAGCUUCGACACUCUGCACUCUGCCCAGCCCAUGGCGAGGCCCAAUGCCGCGGCUGGACCCUCGUCGCCGUCCUUGUCUGCCGAUUGGGGCGGCAACGCGCAGUACGACUCCGGCUCAUAUCGAAACCCAGGAGUGACGAAUACCGAGGCGCAGCAGCUGCAGUACAAGCCCGACGGCCGAUAUGGAAGCAGCGGUGCGACCACGUCCUCUCGCGGUGGCGCAUCCGCUGCUGCAUGUGGGAUCGAAAGCGGCAGGUCGUACCCUGCUGCUGCCCAUGCUGCCCAUGCUGACCCUCCUCCUCGUCCUCCUGUCGGUGCCGCUGCUGCGGGCCCUAGCGGCGGCAACGUGGCCGAGGCCUCGAGCUCCACCGCUCAGGGAGGAGGCUGGAGACCAGUCACUGGCGCUGGUGGCUACACGGCGGGCGAUGAGCAACAGGAGACUGCCUUGCCGGCGUCGCAGGCUGUCACACCCCAGCCCCGGCAGCAGUAGCCUGAAAGGCGCGCGCCCCUCAUGAGGAGACACGAGGGACGGCGCCUCGCACAGCAGCAGCGGUGUGUCGCCCCCCCGGGGGCAGAUUUUUUUUUUCUGUUCUUUGCGACACCGCCCCGGUAAAAGAGGAGAGGGGGGAGAUACGGUUAUGCUAUCUUCACCAUGAUUGGCGGCUCUUGGGGGCCCUGUGACGGGGAUAAUGUAAGGGAGAGGGCAACUACGGAUAGAGUUAGGUCGUGAUGUAUGCAGUCUCUUAACAUGCAAGAAGGG